AUGACAGGCUUACCACCACCUCCACCACUGCUGCUGCUGCUGCUGCUGGGGAUGUUGUCUCACUGUUCAGCUGGACCUCUGCCUCAUGAAAACCCGGACAACAUGCGUCUAGCAGAGAGAUAUCUAAACCGAUUGUAUGGACUCCCAGCUGGACUCAAGGGAAGGAAGGGCUCACUGGACGCAUUUCAAGACAAAAUCAAAGAGAUGCAAGAAUUUUUCCAACUUCAAGUUACAGGGAAUCUGGACGAAAACACACUGGACCUGAUGCGUCAGCCGAGAUGUGGGGUGCCAGAUGUUGGCGAGUACAACCACUUCCCUCGAAAACUGAAAUGGCAAACUCACAACAUUACAUUCAGGAUUGUAAACUAUACCCCUGACCUACAAAAGGCAGAUGUGGAUAGAGCCAUUCGUAAAGCCCUAAACGUUUGGGCUGACGUCACCCCUCUGACCUUCAAGAAGAUGUCCCAGGGCAUUGCGGACAUCAUGAUCAGCUUCGGCAGCAAAGAACACGGAGACUACAAUCCUUUCGACGGGCCCAAUGGGCUCCUGGCCCACGCCUACCCUCCCGGACCAGGCAUCGGGGGAGACACACACUUUGAUGAAGACGAGCUCUGGACAAAAGACUCAAAUGCUUACAACCUCUAUAUAGUGGCCGCUCAUGAGUUGGGUCAUGCUCUCGGGAUGUCUCACUCGUCCGACCCUGGAGCCCUCAUGUACCCUAUUUACGCCUAUGGAACUGGAUACCCCCUCGCUGAAGACGACAUUGAGGGCAUUCAAGACCUCUAUGGACCAAACCCGGACCACAAAAAGGUGAAGCCAAAGCCUGAUGCACCCGAGAAAUGUGACCCAGAUCUGAGUUUUGAUGCUGUCACUGAAUUGAGAGGAGAAACCAUCAUUUUCAAAGACAGAUUUUAUUGGCGAAUCCACCCCCAGUAUGUUGAGCCUGAACAAACUCUGAUCAAGAGCACGUGGCCCUCGCUGCCCAAGAAAGUGGACGCUGCCUACGAGAACCCAGAGAAGGACCUGGUUUUCAUCUUUAGUGGGAUUAAGAUGUGGGCUUUGAAUGGUUAUACUCUUCUGGAUGGUUACCCCAAAUACAUCCACAAACUGGGGAUGCCAAAAUCCAUCCGGAAAAUUGACGCAGCGGUGCACAUCGGAGACACCGGAAAGACUCUAUUCUUCACCGAGGAACAAUACUGGAGUUUUGACGAAGCCUCAGGCAGCAUGGACAAGGGCUACCCACGCUCCAUAGAGACCGAUUUCCCAGGAAUGAGCGACGAAGUGGAUGCCGCUGCUUAUCAUUAUGGUUACUUGUACUUCUUCCACGAUAACAUCCGAUAUGAAUACAGUUACAACUCCAGGAAAGUCAUCCGCAUCCUCAGAGCAAACUCCAUCCUGAACUGUUGA